UAAUAAAGCUUAUGGAGCGGCUCGUGUUUACAGGGACGGGGGCCGCCCAGUCUGCGCAUGCGUGUUUAAAACCCUGACAGCCCCAUAGCAACAUAGCAACCGCCGGAGACAACAUGGCUAAAGCAACUUCUAUUAAAGAGGCUUUGGUGAAAUGGGAGGAGAAGUCUGGUGAGAAAGCAGCCGAUGCCAAAGCAGUGAAGCUAUUCGGUCAAAUACCUCCCAUCGAAAAGAUGGACGCUUCCCUGUCAACCCUCGUCAACUGCGAGAAUCUGUCACUGUCAACAAACUGCAUUGAAAAAAUUGCCAACUUGAAUGGGUUAAAGAACUUAAAGAUAUUGUCCUUGGGCCGUAACAACAUCAAGAACCUCAAUGGACUUGAGGCAGUAGGGGAUACACUGGAGGAACUGUGGAUCUCUUACAAUCUCAUAGAGAAGCUGAAGGGAAUCCACGUCAUGAAGAAGCUGAGAGUUCUGUACAUGUCCAACAACCUGGUCCGGGAGUGGGCGGAGUUUGUAAAACUGGCAGACAUCCCAUCCCUGGUAGACCUGGUGUUUGUUGGAAAUCCUCUAGAGGAGAAAUAUUCUGCUGAGGGCACGUGGAUAGACGAGGCCACCAAAAGAGUCCCCAGUCUAAAGAAACUUGAUGGGACUCCAGUGAUCAAACAGGAGGAGGAGGAGAAGGAGGGCGAGAGUUAGCUACACCUCCGGCUUUAACCCUUUUUUUAAUGGUACAGUUUUUUAUAUGAGAGAAAAAAGAGUUUUUGAAAUUAAAGCAAAAUGAAGGUUUAUAUGUUAACACAAUCUAUAUUUAUUGAGGCUUAAAAGCUAAAGCCACUUUCUUAAAUCAAACAGCACACUGCAGCUCCUGUUAAAUAGUUAAUAAACGAGAGUCUCGAAGUCUCUAACAGAACGAUUAGGGCUGUCACGAUAAUUACAAUAUUUUUGUUUAGGUUUAUUUUUUCUUAGCAAGAAAAGCACAUAAAGAAAACAGCAUGUAUAUUUGAUUUCAUUUUUAUUUAUUUAUUUAGGACAGCCUCCCUCUAUCACAUUUUUAGGACAGUAUAUCAUCUAAACGAAUAUUGUUAUUGUGACAGUCCUAAUAAUGUUACUAAUGCACUGCACAGAUUUUUGGCAUUAUGUAGCUUUCUGUAGUCGUCACUGUGACUGGAUACUUCAGCCUCAAGAGGCUCUGGGGCUAACAUUUUAAACUUAACAGUUAUUUAAAUUUUUAAAAAAUGUUUUAAGGGUUAUAAAAGUUGAAAAAUUAGAUCUGUGCAAUAACGCUGCUGUUAAAAUGAUAAAGUUUGCAUAAUUGACUGUGUAAACUUAAGAGUUGAAUAUUUAUUCAUUUGUAACAACACCGCACUAAACCUGGGUCCAGAUGUUAUUGUAAAGAGAUGGAGGGCAUCGCAGAAAUAAUCGUUGACUAAUUGAAAUAAUAAUUAAGAAAUUAUUCGACUUCCAAAAUAAUCAUUAGUUGCAGCUUUAGUUAAAAUGGAUAUACAGCUCUGAAAAAAGAGACCACUUCAGUUUCUGAAUCAGUUUCUCUCAUUUUGCUAUUUAUAGGUAUAUGUUUGGGUAAAAUGAAAAUUGUUGUUUUAUUCUAUAAAUGUUUUAAGACAAUGAAAAAUUCAAGCAGUUCAGCUUGGUUUGAUGGCUUGUCAUCAUCCAUCUUCCUCUUGAUAAUAUUCCAGGUUUUCAAUUUGGUAAAAUCAAAGAAACUCAUCCUUUUUAAUUGGUGUAUUUUUUUCAGAGCUGUAUAUGCUUUUUAUUAAAUAUGUCACAUAAAAAAACCCAAGGCAGUUCAGUCCCAGAUGUGGACGCUGUUUUAAAGUGAAAUGUUUUAUUCUUUCUGGUUCCAAUUAAACAACAUAAGAAUAAGAAUCUGACAAUGCAAAAGGUUUAUUUAUCUGGUAUAAAUUUGUAUGUUGUACUACAUUAAGCCUCCGCUGCACACUGUGCUGUUUUUAAUAAUCUGAACUUUACUAAAACAGAACAAACAGAUAAGAACCCUUUUUAGCGAUUUUCCAAAGUAGGACUGUUAUUGUUUUGAUGAAGAAUCUGGUUUGUUUUUCUCAUUUUUCUAGACUUUUUGUAACAUGAUUUUUUACUUUAUUUAGUGCAAUUCUAUUUUAAUUCUGUAGGUGUGUUUUUGACAUUGCUAUUGAUGUGUGAUUGUAAAUGAUAAUUAAUUUGUCUUUUUGGAGAGAUUGUAAUAUUGCAAUAAAUGCCGAAGACAGUACAUUUUUGGCUUUGUAUUAAUGGAUUUAACUUGUACUCGGCAUGACGACCUGUUUUCCAAAAUGUUUAUUUGUAUAUUAAAAAAACUCCUAAAAAUAAAAGAACAAAAAUAAAAUACUAUAAUAAAACAUGUUAAA